AUGACAUAUCAUAUGAGCAAGGAGGAGAUCACCUUGAGCAAACUUCAAGGUUUGUUGAGAACCACUGAAAGUGGAUUGAAAGGCAAAAGUGUUGAGUCCACUCCUGCUGCUUCUGCCCAAGUCCUAGCUAUUGGACAUGGAAAAGGGAAAAAUAUGAAAUCUCCCUCUAAGAACCACAAGGGAAAGUCCCAUGAUGGAUCUUCUUCCAAUGGAUCCAAAGGUAAAACCGGUUCUGCCACUCCCUUAUCUGAUCCUAAAGAAACAACGUGCUUUUACUGUCAUGAGACAGGGCAUUGGAAACGAAGCUUCCCGAAAUACUUGCAGGACAUCAAAGAUGGGAGAUAA